AUGAGGUUCCCAGAAGUCGUUCCAAUCGAAAAAUCGGCACCCGAUCUCGAGAUUGCCCGUGGGCAUCUGGGAAAUGACCUUCCGGUCAACAAUGACGGAGACAUCCUGGUGCCUUUGCAGAUGCUAUUAGCGACUCGCCGUGGCAUGCGUACGGAUUCUUCACUAGCCACCUUGGAAAUUCCACUGGAUCAAGCCAUCGUGUUCUCCGGUCCAUCUGGCGUCGAGGCCGUGAGAGGCACGCCAAGCAGUCGAUCUGCUCGGCUACAUGCAUAUUGUAGAAUUCUCAUUACCCUUAUACUCUUCGGGUUUACCAUGUCAUUCAUCAGAGACGUGGUCGACCGUCGUGACAUGCAGAAAACAAGGGGAAAUCUUCCUCUUCGGGUUGCUGGUCAUAUCACCGCUGCUUGGAUCUCCUCCCUAAUCCUCGCUCGGAUAUAUGUGAAAAGGAACAUGGCUGCUGCGACGCCCCCAUCUUUCAAUCCCCAGUCUUACGAGUACCGCUUGGUGCAUUCCAUGCAGCGCUGUGGGACAUCUUACGUGAAGUAG